AUGCCGAAUCCCACCAAGUCCUACGCAGAGUCAUACCGCUCACCCAACGGUCCCGGUGAUGCCCGCCCUACUGCGCUACAGAUUAUCGAGGACAACUCGCUUAUUGGCGCUUGGAAGGGCCGCAUUGCCUUGGUCACUGGAGGCACCUCUGGCAUCGGUGUCGAAACAGUUCGAGCACUUCAUGCAACAGGGGCUGAUGUCUGGUUCACGGCCCGGGAUGCCAGUAAGGGACAGGCAAUAUUGGAAGACAUCUCCAAAAGCAGCCGUGGAGAAGGCCUACUCCAAGUCCUUGCGAUGGACCUAGACUCACUUGAGUCAGUCCGUGAAGCAGCUGCUUUCUUCCUCGGGAAGAGCAGCAAGCUUCAUAUCCUGAUUAACAACGCCGGUAUCAUGGCAACCCCCUAUAGUAAGACCAAGGAAGGUUUUGAGAGGCAAUUUGCGGUCAACCAUUUGGCACACUACCUCCUCACCGCAUUGCUUCUACCAACCUUGAAGUCUUCUAGCACUACAGGCCAAGCCUCACGAGUUAUCAAUCUCUCAUCAACAGGGCAUCGGCUGUCGACUUUCCAGUUCGACGACUACAACUUUGAGAAGCCAGGCUCGUAUGAACCAUUUACAGCAUACGGACAGUCGAAGACCGCCAACGCGUGGACUGCCAAUUACAUCGACCGUGUGUUCAGGCCACUGGGCGUACGGGCAUUCUCGGUUCACCCUGGCGCAGUUGCAACCGGGAUCCAGGCGUUCUGCGAUCCGGCCUUGAUGAAGCAGCUACUCGAGGACCCAGAGGGCUCCAAGGCCUGGCAGACAACCCAGCAGGGAGCCGCCACGUCGGUAUGGGCAGCCGUAGCUGUUGAGUUGGAAGGAAAGGGUGGCAAGUAUCUGUCUGAGUGCAGUAUCGCGGGCCCAGCCAAGACUCUCAGUCCAGCGGAGUUCGAUCCCGGAUACGCCCCGCAUCUCUAUGAUCAAGAUGCUGAGGAGAGACUUUGGAACCUGAGCGCAAGACUGCUUCACAUUGAGAACGGAAAUUGA